AAAUUACUCAAGGAACCUGAAAUAGGAAAGCUCACCAGAAAUAAUUCCUGAGCCUCUGUGUUUGGAAAAAUUUGGGAAGAGCUUACUUAGCAUUGAAGAUCAGUACACAGACCAGGGGAGAUGUCCAAGGAAACAGGUAGUAGAGAGACUGUGGAAAUAAGAGUCAAUGUGGAGAAGUCUUCAGCCAGAUUCCAAACCAUAACCUGCACAGGAAGAUUCCUGCCAGCGGACGCGGAUGAAUGUGGCCCAGACAGAGAAGCCUCUGUGCAGUGUUCCUGCCUCAAGGGUCACGUCACUCUCCACCUGGGCACAAACUGGGCCAGUGCCAGGAGAGCGGGCGAGCCUACAGUCGCCACUCACACCUGGGAACGUGUGAGAAGCACAAUGGGGAGAGGCCCUAUGUGUGCAUGCUGCGUGGGAAGACCUUUCCUUGUGUGUGUUCCCUCAACAGGCACGUAAGAACGCACACUGCUGAGAGCUUUGAGUGCCAGCAACGUGGGAGAGCCUUCAUCAACCUCUCCAGCCUCAGGAGCCACGCGAGAAGUCACACGGGAGAGAAGCCGUACAGGUGUGCGGACUGCGGGGAAGCCUUCAGCUCCUCCACGUUCCGCAGGCACGCGAUUGCACACACCGGAGAGAAGCCACAUAAAUGUGCAUAGUGCGAAGCCUUCAGCUACUCCUCGGCUUUUCGGAGACACAUGGUAAUGCACACUGGAGAGAAGCCCCACAAACGCAGACAGUGUAGGAAAACCUUCAUUUAUCCCCAGUCCUUUUGAAGACACGAACCUGCUCCUGGUGGAGAGAAACCCUAUGAAUGUGAGAAGUGUGGGAAAGCUUUCAGUCACCCCUCGUCCUUUCGAGGACACAUGAGUGUGCACACUGGAGAGAAACCCCACAAGUGCAAGCAGUGUGGGAGGACUUUUAACUGGCCCGUAUCCCUAUGGAAACACAGGAGAGCACAUGCCAGAGAGAAGCCUUUCCACUGCAGGGCCUGCGGGAGGGCCUUCAGCGUGUCAGCCUGCUUCCUGGAACACGUGCAGAUGCGCCCCGAGGACCAGUCCUGGGAGUGCACGCUGCGUGGGAAGGCUUUCCGUUGCCACGUGUCCUUACAAAAGCACGUGUGAAGGCUCACCGUGGAGAAGCUCUGUGAGUGCCAGCCGUGUGGGAGAGCCUUCAGCUGGCUGGAACGCCUGCAGCUGCCCAUGAGGACACACAGCGCAGAGAAGCCCUACCGAUGUCAGGAGCGUGGGAAAGUCUUCAAAAGGCCGUCCUCCCUGCCAGUGCACGUGCGCCUGCACACUGGGGAGAGGCCCUAUUGCUGCGAGCAGAGCAGGAAGGCCUCCUGUUCCUCCUCUCUGAGGAGACACGUGCAGGGAGCCCUGCAGGUGCAAGGCGGGACAGCCUCCUGAGGCGGACUCCUGCGCGGCGCUCCCUCACGGCAUCAGAGCCUCACCAGAGCUGUGCACGUGGUGUUGCCCUCAGGAGUGCCGCUCCCCAAAGUGGACACACGAGUGUGUGGUUCGUCUGCAGUGAACAUUUAGGUCAGAGAACCCUGAUCAUGCUCAGAUGUAGCACAUGAAAUUUGACAGGCAGUCUUCUUUCCUCUUCUUGCAAUUUGAUGAAUCACAUUUUGAGGAUUCAUGAGUGUUCGAGGCAUAUUUUUUGAUACACGAGUUGGUGUUAAAUUGUUCUCCAAGUAACGGGUUAGUAGAACAAUGACUGGUAUUUACUAGGGUCAGGAGUUUUUUCCACUGACACUGAAGCAGAUAUUGGACGUCACCCAUCGUAUUUUCCACCUUACUGAAAGUUUGCUUGCUUGCUUUUGGCAGAGGAGACUUAUGUGUAAUUAGCAGAGCUUUGGAAUUUUGUGAAGUUCUUAAAGAAUACUGCCCCAAGUGAUGUUUUCAAGAGUGGCCCUUUGCUGUCCGUCCUUGCUGGCGACUGAGUCGGACGACAGGCUCUGCCCUGAGAGACACCUUUGACGUGGCAGUGACAUACCGGGCUGCCGCUGGUGCUCUAGAUUCUGCCGUGGCUACGUGGACACUGUGUGUAGCUGAAUUGACAAGGAUCCCUUUCCUGGAUGGUUGCAUGUUUGAAUUUACCAGUAGCCUGACUUGCUUGAGAUGUAGAGGAAGAAGUGAAGAAGGUGUCACUGGGUCUUGGAGACCACAGUAAGUCACAGUAAGCAGUGGCACAGGGGCAUCGUGGACACCAGCCUUUAGCUUAUUUCUGGAUUCUCAUCCAGCCCAGUCAGGAGCAUCAUCAGUAAGACUUCAGUGCCCGAUCUCCACUGCGUCCAAGCUCAGUCAUCCAGACGUCCCUGUGGGCUUGGCCCAACAUGUGCUUGUGAGGCCUGGAACCCAUAGUUUGGUUUCCUGCAAACCCAGCAAGCUCACUAGACCGUGGUUGGGACGGCCGCCGUUUGACCUCCCUGGUGUGCCAAGGCCCCUCUUCUGCAGAUCUUGGCGUAUUUGCGUGAGGUCUGAUUUGUAUGGUCAACGCCUGUUCUCUUAACACUUCCGAUGCUCUGUGACCCUGAUUCCACCAUGCAAGCCACAAUGUUGUACAAAACAAGAAAAAGAACAGGAGACACUGUUUCUCGAUUGCACUUUUAAGUGGCUGACCCAGUACAAAGGCCUUCCUCUUACGUUAGAUUUGGGAGAUUUCUCCCACUUGGAGCUGAAUGUGGUUCUUUAUAUGGAUUUAAUUAUGUUUGAUUAUGUUUCAUUAAAAAUAACAUGGAUUCUUUUCAAGGGAAAUGGCUACCUAUUCCUCAGAAGUAUCCUACUUUUUGUGCUUUUCAAAGCAGCUGUAUAUUAAUUGUAUUUGUUUCCUAGGAUUGAUAUUAACAAAGUGCAAGAACUCAGUGGCUCAGGACAACAGAUAAUUUCGUUUGGGUUUUGGAGGCCAAAAGUCUAGCAGCAGCGUGUGGACAGGACCACUCACCAUCUGUUUUUCAUUAACUGAAAGAAUCAUUUAUCACAGAUUUCAAGUCAACGUUGUGAUCUUGUCAGUCUAAGCAUUGCCCAUUCCCUAAACAUAUUACCAGGCAUACAAGUACAGGCACUUUUCUGUUAUGUAAAUUUUAUUUUUCAUUAGACUCAUUUGCCAUUAAAAUGAGUUCUUAUUCAUUGUUACUGAAAACUUAAAUAAUUGGUUUUGCCAUUGCCCUUUAAACCUAGUAUCCCACUGGUAGUAAAAAAUAAAAAAUGAGCUUCCUGGCGUCAAGGCAGUGUGAGCCCCCAUUGGAGGCUUGGGGUCACGGAGCCCGGCCGUUCAAAGGCAGUUGCCAGCAGAU